AGCAAAUAUUCCGACGUUUGCGAAUUUUGUUAGCACUGCGUGUGUUAAUUUCAUGAUAUAGUUAAUUACGUAGCUGCCGUAAUAAUACGCGGGGUUAGUGUGCAGUCAGUUUGCUCUGGAAAUCUGUCCAGCAGUCUAAAUAUGGUUCUGAAGGGUCGCCGGAAAUGACUUUUACUGGCUUAAAGAAAUCACAUCCGACCUGUGCAUCAUGAGGAUGGCACGGCGAGUAUUCGUGAUCAUAUAACAGCACACUCUCGCCGCCGGAGAGGGGUUAUUAUUAUUUUUUUAGCGAGGACUGACAGUUGUAAACGUGAACGCGAUAUAGUCCCUUUAAAAGAUGUUGUCCAAUCCUCCGGCUGAGCAGAAAGGGACAGAGCAGGUGCCUGCGUCUGCGGCUGGUCCAUGCCAUCGUGCUGCUCAGUCUUUGCUGUAUCAGGAGCAGCUGCCUGUAGGAUGCAGAGAAACCAGCAGGGAGGAGAUUGAAUCUGGUGACACAACACGAUCCUCAGACUUUGGGAAAGGCGUGAAGGAAGUUCAUUUGGAGAAUGAAGGAGCUCUGAGACAGAUGACAUUUGAUCCAAAAAGUAGUAACUUUGGAGUCGGUCCUCGUUCGACUCGCAUGCACAUGUGUACUCAGCAAGAGGCCAAGUUUAGGGAUCCACGAUGGACAUCUGCCACCUUCAAUUCUUCUCCUCCAGCUGGACCAUCAGGAGAGCAACUUGGAACUCUGGGAAGAUUUCUUGUGUCCCAUCAAACUGAGAUGAAGCGUCUGCUAACUGAUACCUUCGGAUCUCUUACUCAGCGUCUUGAGGCAGUGGAGAGGAGGAUGGACCAACUGUGUUCACAAAGCAGUGCACAUACCCACAGUUUAGCUCAGCUGCACAGUAAAGUUGGCCAGCUGGGAAGAGACUUGUCCUUUAGCUGUCCAAAUACUCCAAGUGUUUCAUCAGCUUGCAGUUAUGGAGUGGAUGCAGACAUGCCGAAAGACUACAAAGAAAUCAUCUCAAAUAUCUCCUCUCCCGAAUCAAAGAAGGACCCUGUGUGUUCUUGGGCAAUGUCAACACCUUCCCAGUCCAGCCAAAGUCCCCCUCAAAAGCCUGAGGACCUGAGCUGUCAGGAUCCAAGUAGAGAUUGUAGCAGCUCCAGUUCAUCAUGUGGAAUUUUAAAAACGUGCCCUUCGGGACAAACUGACAAUUGUUUGCAGGGUAACUACUCACCCGUUUCAGAUUUUGAAGACCUGGAGAUGGAACUGGAAAUUGAGAAGGACAGAGUUGCUUUAAACUUAUUGGUCGAUUCUGUGCUCAGCAGCUCAGAUGACAAUGACCGCUGGGGACUUCCUUGUAAUCAAGAAGUACUGUCCUCUGAUAGUGUGGGGAAUAAUAAAUCUGUUCAGGAAGGAGAAGGUACCUUGAAUAAUCAGUGUUUACCUGUUCCUGAAAAACCUUGGGUGCCUUCCAUUCAGUUUCUCAGAUCUUCAGCUCCUAGUGACUUAAAGUCAAACACAAAUACAGAUCAUCUUUGUUCAUUUUCAAAAGCAAUGAAGCUCUCUUGGAAACCAGUGGCAUUGACAGAUUCCUCUAAAGACGAGUGUGAAAAAAGCCAGCAGCAGUCCUUUAGUCUAAUGACCUUUCCUUUCUCCACUAAGCCACUAGGAGCGCAACCCAACCCUGAUAAACCCAAGGGUUGUUCAGUUCAGACUUCUAAUAAGAAUGAAGACGCGAUCUUGGACAAGAUCAAAACAAAUGGUUUUUUCCACUCUACUAUUACUUCACUAAACAAUAGUACUUCAGUCUUGGAUCACAUCCCAGCGUCAAGGUAUAUAGAUGGACUGACAGGGUCAACUGCUGGAGAUUCUGACGAGAGCACAAAGAUAGGUAAUAAGGGACAAAGCGUUGAUUGUCAGUACUCAAAUGUAUCAUACACCAUAAAGGAUAGCCCAAUAAAACUCCCUUUUCAAGGGUCAUCAAUCCUGCCAUACUGUGAACUUGCUUUAUCAAACCAAUUAGUAAAAGGUGUAGGUGACCAAAAAUCAAUGACAUUUCAUCAAGCACACUCCACUUCCCAUCUCUCGGCCCCAAGAAAUGGGUCUUCCGAAUCAUUUUUAGACAGUGAUACUAACAAACUGUUGAAUCAGCUCUCGGAUACUGCCUAUCGCUUGGUGUCCAGAAGCUGUUCUUCAAGCGACUUGGACCGAUGGAGUGGUUGCAGCAGAACUGGAUCCAAACUCAAACAAUGUGGUGGAAAGAAACCUCACUUUCCUGGAUUUCCCACUCUUAAAGAAGGACAAAGAAAGGGUUUCUCCAACUUUGAGCAGGCAGGAGGGAUAUCCAAACAUUGGCAGCCGAUUCUCGAGGACUUGAUACUUCCUGUCUCUUCUCGAUUUACUGGUACACAAGCUUGUCCUUCAGAUGCUUUACCUAUCAACCUGGAUAAAGACUCUGCGUGUUGUCCUAGCUUAUCUCAACUUUUUUGGCCCACCACUCCACCUUUGUCUACUUUAAGCAAAGGGAGCUUCUCUGGGGCAGGUGUUAGUACCGUUCUGGCUUUAUCUUCUCCAGCUUCCUUCAGACUGUGGUUUCGACACAGGCGGAUCAGCUUUCCUCUUAUGCAGUUGACACGUCCUGGUAUCCAUACGGUUGUGAGUCAGAUUUUGGGAAGGUGCAAGUUUCAUCCUUUUCGACCUCUGGUUGACUUUACAGCUCCACCAGGCGUAGACAACGAUCACCACUAUAUACGCCGAUCCAGUCAAGAAGCUACACCCAGCAGGAAAAGAGCGUCAGCACGGAAAGCCACCUCAUCUUCAUCAGUGUGUCAUCUGUCAAAAAUUAGUUUCACACCAGAAAGGAGUCUGGAUCACUCUUCUCGGCACAGCAUCAGCCCCAAGUCUGUGCGAUUGGAUGAAUCCGCCACUGAAUCUGUGCCUAGUUUUGCUAUUGCCAGUGCAAAUGUCAAAUACCCUGGUUUACACAGUCGGGCGGCGUCAACAGAAAUGAACCAGGUGGAACUCUACGACACUAAUGCUGAAGCUCAAGGAGGUCAACGUUCCAAAAAAGUCUCCCAAAUUCGUAUUCGUAAGACAGUUCCCAAACCAGAUAACAACCUUACUCCAAUGGGACUCCCCAAACCAAAGAGGCUGAAGAAAAAGGAAUUCAGUUUGGAGGAGAUUUAUACCAACAAGAAUUACAAGUCUCCAACCCCUAACAGAAGCCUGGAGACGAUAUUCGAAGAACCAAAAGAGAAGAAUGGCUCUUUGGUAUGUAUUGGUCAUCAGAAACGAAAGCGAGUUCUAGACUUCCCAGAUUUCACACUGCCUCGCAAGCGCAAGGCUAAAACUAACCUGGGUCCACUGCGUGUGAAAGGACCACGAGGACGGGCUCGUAGGGGUAGACAGGACGACGUUGACCUUGAUGUAUUGCUAAUCGAGAAGCUCACAGAGCUGGAAGACUACUUCUCUCGCCAAGGCCUGGAGGUUUAAACUCAGUUUUUCACAAAUCUUUAUUCUCGGUUACCAAAAAUUUUGGUUUUAAUCUUUUUGCCUGAACAAGGAAAGAAUUUGAGCUUGUUCAGCCAUCGUUGUUCAAAGAGCGUUUAGCAAUAGAGGGAAAAGAACACUUUCUUGUAGCAUUUACAGUUGAGACUUAGAGUGUGUGAAGUGGACUGACCCAAAAGACAUUUGAGCAAUGAGCGUGUGUGUGUGUGUGUGUGUGUAAUAUAAGCACAUUAUAGUAAACCUUCACUUGAGCACUUUCUGUAUCCUCACAAUGUGACUGCUGCAACCUAGUUGUGUUGUGUUUCUCUUGCAUUUGCAACAUGUUGCUUACCAACACGCUCCUAACUGUCAUUUUCUGGCAAAAAAAGAGAGAAAUAAUGAUUGAUUGUGUGGUUUAAGCCCUUCAAGGUCUCUUAAAAACAAGGAGAUGUUCAUUCUUGACUACUAAUGACAUCUGAAAGUGCUUUCUAAAUGAAAAUGCUGAGGGAUUUGCUGCAAAAAACAAGAAUACGAAAAACUAGUUUAAGUUUUUACUUUCUUUUAAAUAUUUUAAGGUACAGUGCCGUGUUUGAUCACUAUAUUCUUGUGAGAUGUUCUAAAAUUCUUAAUGCAUUUCACCAUAGAAAUAAUUCUUUACUUUGUGUUUCUGCAUUUGUUGUUCUUGCAGGGCCGUUAUGAAUUAGCCAGUUUUUAAAUGGGCUUUCCCUCAACCUUCUCACCUUUAGCUGCUAGACUGUUAAAUUGAACUUCUUCAGCUGUUUGACAUUGUUUUGAAAAUCAAUGAAUCAUGAAUCAUUUAUUCAUCCUUCAUGUCAAUCCAAACCUGUAUGACUUUCUUCUUCAGAAUGCAAAAAUAUAAAAAUGUCCAUAUAAUGAAAGGUAAUGGAACCCAGUGUUGUUAUUUGGACAAAAACAGUUGCAACAUACUUCAAAAUAUCUUCU